AUGUAUAAUGCCUACGUGGAAGCCAACCAGGAAUUUGGCCGAGUAGUUAAGACGAAAUACUUUGAGCUUAAGCAACAGAACCCUUCUGAGCAGAUCCUAAUAUGGGUACACGACUACCACCUUAUGCUGUUACCUAGAAUUAUUCGUCAAUACUUGAAUGGUGACAAUCAACAUGGUGACAACCAAAAUGGUGACAAUCAACAUGGUGACAACGAACAUGGUGACAACGAACAUGGUGACAAUCAACAUGGUGACAAUCAACAUGGUGACAAUCAACAUGGUGACAAUCAACAUGGUGACAAUCAACAUGGUGACAAUCAACAUGGUGACAAUCAACAUGGUGACAACCAUCAUGACAAUCAUAUUGGCAAUCAUAAUGGCUAUGACAGCGACUUACAGAUCGGGUUUUUUCUUCACACUACGUUUCCUCAUCCUUGUAUGUGGCGUCGAAUCAAGGAGCGGAAUCCCCUAUUACUGGGCAUGUUGUGUUCAGACUUGAUUGGUUUCCAUAUAUAUAGCUACAAACGAAGUUUCAUGGAUGCUUGCCAGCAGUUAUUAGACGUGAAGUUGCUAUCUUCACAUAUAGACGCACGUGGAAUAGGUGGUUGUAAAUCGUUGGUAAAAGCAAUGCCCAUUGGUAUCGAUCCGUAUAAAUUUGUUAAGGCAUCGAGUACAUCAGCGCAGAAGUUGUCAGCGGAGAAGUUUAAAGAACAAUACCAAGGUCGUUUAAUAGUACUGGGUGUGGAUCGUUUGGAUUACAUGAAGGGUAUUUAUCAGAAGUUGCGUGGUUACCAAAAAUUUCUAGAAAUGUAUCCGGAUAUUGCGAUGAAUACGGUGCUAGUGCAGUUGGCUGUACCUUCUCGGGGUGAAGUGGAAUGUUACAAGAAAUUAAAAACUGUGUGCCACACACUUGUUGGUGAAAUAAAUGGGAAAUAUAGGUCUCCUCAAUCUGUUGGCAGUGGUACUAGUAGUGGUCCAUUUGUUGAAUUCCUAGAUCAAUCUGUUCAAUUUAAGCAGUUGUUGGAUUUGUAUAUAUCAGCUGAUGUUUGUUUGAUUUCUUCUGUUCGAGAUGGGAUGAAUUUGGUAGCAUGUGAAUUUGUUGCUAGUCAAUCAAGUCAAACUCCAGGUGUGUUGGUCAUGUCUCAAUUUGUUGGAGCAGAUCGAUCCUUGGCAUACGGUGCAGUUUCCAUGAACCCUUGGUCCCCUAGCGCUAUAGCCGAUGCUUUAUAUCAUGCCCUGACCUUGUCGCCCGAAGCGAAACAGCGAAAAGCCGCAUAUGGACGGAAUAAUGUGAUUGAAUUCAGCGCAGAAAAUUGGGCAAACACGUUCGUUAAAUAUUUAGUUACUAAGCCUGAACCAAAUCUUGGUAAUAUUCCCAGACCAUUGAAUAUACAAGACUUAAUCAAAAAAGUUAAACAGACCAAUCACAUCAGAAUAGUAGUUAAUCUGGAUGAGAUAAAAUACGUACCCACGUUUCCAAUGGUCGGAGAUGAAAUGGUCGCAGAUGAAAUGGGCGUCGGAGAUGAAAUGACAAAGCUAAUUUCGGUGUUAUAUGUAACUCACCAAGACCCGGAAAUGGCGUUCGACUUUGAUCGCAUUCCUGGGGAUAUCUUAACUCCUACAAGAUAUAGGAACGCUGGCGAGUGGCACGACACACAACGGGGGGCAUCAACGGAAAGACUUAUUGUGGGACCUGAGAGUAUUGGUUCAUCAUUCGACCACAUGACGACCAAUAGUGUGUUAGAAGGCAACACCAGUCAAAUGACCAGUAGGGUUCAUAGUGCAGCACCAAGUCACGAGCCGAGUGAAGCGCCGAGCGAGGUAGUGAGUUCGAACUCCUCUUUUAGGAUCGUGGAUGGCAACUACUGCGACCAAAUUGAGGAACGAUUGGUCGAGAGAUGUGAUAUGCUGACCCAUUCGAUAAGGACUGUACGUCUGGGCAACUUCAUUCAGGUUGAUCUCGAGUUGGCAACCCUGAAGUCCUAUAUUUGGGAGUUACUUGCUCAUGACGACGAUGUAAAGAUACAGGAUGUCUCAAACCACCGACUAUGGAUACACCAUAUCGAUGAUCUACCGGAAGUCCCCGAACUCCGAAGUUUUACCAACCCCCCUUCUCCAGACACCCUCGUCAUCACCAUCGGAAUCGACGUCGUACAUCCACCUUCACAUGAUCUCUCCAUCGUCAUUCAGUAUGUCUCACACACCUGA